GGGGGCAGGGCUUGCCCCAGCGCAGAGUAGUGGCAACGGCUUGUCGAGUCUGGGGUGCCUGGGAGCCGGGAGCCCCGGGGACGUGAAAUCGGCAGACCCACUCUCCCCUCCAGGAAGAGGCGCUGCCGAAUCCACGCGGGGCAGCGAGACCGCCCCGAGGGGCUUCCUCAGUGAAGGAGAAGUGGGGUUCCAGGGCACAGGUGACAGGGCCGAAGAAAGAUGGAGCAGCCCGGGGCGGCGGCGGCGUCGGGCGCGGGAGGCAGCGGCGAGGAACCCGGUGGGGGCCGAAGCAACAAGCGGAGCGCGGGGAACCGGGCCGCCAACGAAGAGGAAACGAAAAACAAACCUAAAUUGAACAUUCAAAUAAAAACUUUGGCAGAUGAUGUGCGUGACCGAAUUACAAGUUUCAGAAAAUCUACUGUAAAAAAGGAAAAACUUCUUAUACAACAUCCUCUUGAUUCUCAAGUUGCGAUGAAUGAGUUUCCAGCUGCUCAGCCAUUAUACGAUGAACGAUCUUUGAAUUUGUCUGAAAAGGAAGUACUGGAUUUAUUUGAAAAAAUGAUGGAGGACAUGAACCUUAAUGAAGAGCGAAAAGCUCCUUUACGAAACAAAGAUUUUACCACCAAGCGUGAGAUGGUCGUCCAGUAUAUUUCUGCUACUGCCAAAUCUAUAGUUGGAAGUAAAGUUACGGGAGGACUGAAAAACAGCAAACAUGAAUGCACCCUGUCUUCACAAGAAUAUGUUCAUGAAUUACGAUCUGGUAUUUCUGAUGAGAAACUUCUUAACUGCCUAGAAUCUCUGAGGGUUUCUUUAACCAGCAAUCCUGUCAGCUGGGUUAACAACUUUGGACAUGAAGGUCUUGGACUCUUGUUGGAUGUGCUGGAAAAGCUUCUGGACAAGAAACAGCAAGAAAAUAUUGACAAGAAGAAUCAGUAUAAACUUAUUCAGUGCCUCAAAGCGUUUAUGAACAAUAAGUUUGGAUUGCAAAGGAUUCUAGGAGAUGAAAGAAGUCUUUUACUCCUAGCAAGAGCAAUUGACCCCAAACAACCCAACAUGAUGACUGAAAUAGUAAAAAUACUUUCAGCUAUUUGCAUUGUUGGAGAAGAAAACAUUCUAGAUAAACUUUUAGGGGCUAUAACUACAGCAGCGGAACGAAAUAACAGAGAACGAUUUUCACCAAUUGUGGAAGGAUUAGAAAACCAUGAAGCUUUGCAAUUACAGGUGGCCUGCAUGCAAUUUAUAAAUGCGCUUGUCACAUCUCCUUAUGACCUUGAUUUUCGAAUACAUUUAAGGAAUGAAUUCCUUCGUUCAGGACUAAAAACAAUGUUACCAGAUUUGAAAGAAAAAGAGAAUGAUGAGCUUGAUAUUCAGUUGAAAGUAUUUGAUGAGAACAAAGAGGACGACCUAACUGAAUUAUCACACCGUCUCAAUGACAUUCGCGCAGAAAUGGAUGAUAUGAAUGAAGUAUACCAUCUUCUGUAUAAUAUGUUGAAGGACACUGCUGCUGAAAAUUAUUUAUUAUCCAUUCUACAACAUUUUUUGCUCAUCAGAAAUGACUAUUAUAUCAGGCCGCAGUAUUACAAAAUAAUUGAGGAGUGUGUUUCACAGAUAGUGCUGCACUGCAGUGGAAUGGAUCCAGAUUUCAAGUAUAGACAAAGAUUAGACAUUGAUCUUACUCAUCUGAUAGAUUCUUGUGUGAAUAAGGCAAAAGUUGAAGAAAGUGAACAAAAAGCAGCAGAAUUUUCAAAGAAGUUCGAUGAAGAAUUCACGGCUCGACAGGAAGCUCAAGCUGAGCUUCAAAAAAGAGAAGAAAAAAUCAAAGAACUUGAAACAGAAAUCCAGCAACUUCGAACCCAGGGACAUGGUUCAUCAGGAAUUCCAGGCCCUCCUCCACCACCUCCAUUGCCAGGUGCUGGGGCACCCCCACCUCCACCCCCACCUCCACCACCUCUACCCGGAGUAGGUCCCCCUCCUCCACCUCCUUUACCUGGGAUGCCUGGAAUACCACCACCACCACCACUGUUUGGGGGACCUCCUCCACCACCUCCCCUUGGAGGAGUUCCUCCACCCCCGGGAAUACCCCUCGAUCUGCCAUAUGGAAUGAAGCAGAAAAAAGUAUAUACACCUGAGGUGUCCAUGAAGAGGAUCAAUUGGUCAAAGAUUGAACCCAAAGAAUUGUCUGAGAAUUGUUUCUGGUUGAAAGUUAAGGAGGAGAAGUUUGAAAAUCCAGAUCUCUUUGCAAAACUGGCACUGAAUUUUGCUACCCAGAUGAAAGUUCAAAAGAAUGCAGAAGCUUUAGAAGAAAAGAAGACCAUACCUGCAAAGAAGAAAGUGAAAGAGUUGAGAAUUUUGGAUCCCAAAACAGCACAGAAUCUUUCUAUCUUCCUAGGAUCAUAUCGUAUGCCAUAUGAAGAAAUAAAAAACGCCAUUCUGGAGGUUAAUGAAAGCAUGUUGAGUGAGCCCUUAAUUCAGAACCUUGUAAAACAUCUUCCUGAGCAGAAGGUACUCAAUGAACUAGCAGAGCUGAAGAAUGAAUAUGAUGACCUCUGUGAACCUGAACAGUUUGGAGUUGUGAUGAGCUCAGUGAAAAUGUUGCGGCCUCGACUCAAGAGCAUUCUUUUCAAGCUCACAUUUGAAGAACAUGUAAACAACAUCAAGCCAAGCAUCAUAGCAGUAACGCUGGCCUGUGAAGAGCUGAAGAAAAGUGAAAGCUUUAACAGACUUUUAGAGUUAAUUCUUUUGGUUGGAAACUACAUGAACUCAGGCUCAAGAAAUGCCCAGUCUUUGGGUUUUAAGAUCAACUUUCUCUGUAAGAUCCGAGAUACUAAAUCAACAGAUCAAAAGACCACCCUCUUGCAUUUUCUUGCUGAAAUCUGUGAGGAAAAUUACCGGGAUAUCCUGAAAUUUACUGACGAACUGGAACAUGUAGAAAGCGCAAGCAAAGUUUCAGCUCAAAUUCUCAAGAGCAACCUUGCAGCAAUGGAACAACAAAUUGUUCAUCUGGAACGCGACAUCAAGCAAUUCCCCAAAACAGAAAAUCAACAUGAUAAGUUUGUGGAAAAGAUGACAAGCUUUACAAAGAGUGCCAGAGACCAGUAUGAAAAACUAUUCACCAUGCACAACAACAUGGUAAAGCUCUAUGAGAACCUUGGAGAAUACUUUAUUUUUGACUCUAAGACUGUGAGCAUAGAAGAAUUCUUUGGUGAACUCAGCAACUUUCGAACUUUAUUCCUGGAAGCAGUGAAAGAAAACAACAAGAGAAAAGAACUGGAAGAGAAGACUAGGAGGGCAAAGCUUGCAAAAGAGAAAGCUGAACAAGAAAAGCUGGAACGCCAGAAGAAAAAGAAACAACUCAUUGAUAUAAACAAAGAGGGUGAUGAGACGGGCGUGAUGGAUAAUCUUCUGGAAGCCCUGCAAUCAGGGGCGGCAUUCCGAGACCGCAGAAAGCGGAUUCCAAGGAAUCCAGAUAACAGACGAGUACCUUUGGAAAGGUCACGGUCUCGCCACAAUGGAGGUAUCUCAUCUAAGUGAUUCCUGAUGCCAAAGAAUAAGAAAAUAUUAAAGUAAACAAAAUCAUACAGUUUGAGAAGAACAAAACCUACGCUCAAGGGAUGGAGACUAUAUAAGUACAUUUCUGCAAAGAUCAAGCUAAGCUGGAUGAAAUAGUGUGCAUAUAUAAAGCUAUUGCAAGACUCCUCCCACAGUUACACUAACACAAACACAAUUGCCAGGAUUUUAAAACAUGCAUUUCAUUUUAGUGUAAAGAUGUGUAUUAUUUGUUACUGUGUGUGACCUGACGGUGAUGAUGAAAAAUGUAAGAAAUUGAAGAGUUCUAAAGACAUUCAAAACCAUUCAGUCUGUCAAAAAAUGUAUAAUGUUACUCAAAUUUUGUCACACACACACACCCCCAGAAAAAAGGAAGAAAAGAGAAAGAAUUCAUCAAUGUCUACUGAUUGCUGUUAAAUAGAAAAGUAAAAGACCAGUGAAAAUGUGCAUGUUAAUGGUUUGGAAAGGCACUGAUAUUGCACACUCUGUAAAAGAAGCCAUCUUGGAAACUCAGAAAAUGUACUACUUCAUUCCCUUCAAGUUGUUUAGAAUCUAAUCUCAAGUGAAAGUUGAUGGAUUCAUCUGCUUUGGCUGAAAUUAAACUUAUCAGUAAUCUAGAGUUUCAGCAUGAUAUUGCAGGCACUUAUCAUUGCUAAAAAUAAACCAAAGUUUAACAGAAGUGGUUAGAGAAAGUAACUUAAACUUUAUUUAAAGAGGUAUUUUAUAAGUAUGCACAUAUAUCUACUUUAUACAAAUACUUUGUAUGGCUAUUUUUGAGAAAAACCUCACAUUUUAAUGUUUAUGCUAGAGUUGAACCUGCAAAUUCUGUUACCUUUAUUUAGAUUUUUAAAGGUAAAUAUUGAUCCCUGUUCUCCAUGGUUUCUUUCUUCUCUCUAUUGCUUCCUACUUCCACGACCCCCUUGAAGGCAGGGAAUAGAGUUCUAAGAGACCUGAGAGGAAAAAGAUUUCUCUCUGCAGGAGGCAGCAGAAAACUCUGAUAGGUCAAUUGUCUUAUCUGCCUCUUUCCUCCCCCUUUCCCAUUCUGCUGUGGUGAUCUGAAGAAGAAAAAUGAUAUACUUUAUAUAUGUUUAGAUAUUUAUAUAUCCUGCUACAAUAAUUCCAUAUCCCAGUGACUAACUGAACUUCUCAAUCAUCAUCAUACUUAACUUACCUUAUUAUAUUAACAAAUCAUUUAAAUGCUGCCAAAACAACUCUAGGAGGAAAAACCAGGCUCUACAUUUUUCUUAAAUAGAUGAGAGAGGAAAAGUCAUACUUAACUUGUCUAUUACUUUUUAAAAUGCAUUGAAAGAAUGUAGUGUAACUUCUCUGGAGUAUAAUUUUAAGACUAAUCCAUGCAGAUGAUUAUGAUUAUUGUAAAAGUUUUCUUAUGUGUAUAUUUCUUAUAUAGAAAAUCCUAUUUCUACUUCCUCUAAAGCACAUUAUAGAUAUUCAGAAAGAACAAAUGACUGGCUUGGCAAAUCACUACCUGAGAUAAUGAAAACAAGUGACCAAUAGCUCAUAGUUUCUUUUAUACAGAUGUAUAGUCAUUCAAACUGCUGCCUUUUCCUCCAGUUCAUUCUUACUUAGGUCUUAUCCUUUGCAAAGCUCUGAAGAUGCUACAAUAGAGAAAUCAAAAACAGUAGCAGGAUCUGAGAUUUUACAAUUUUAUCCUGUCUUAAGACACACACAUACACACACACACAAAGAAGUUUAAGGGAUAUAUCAAUUUCACAUGCUGUUUUUUAACAAGAACAACAACAAACACUUAGGUUCUACUAAUUUAUGUAAAUACUUAACAUAUUUUUAACUUCACAAAGUCUUUUCUGAAAUCUUCAUUGUAUGGCUUCUUUGAGUCUUUUGAUAGUUUUUCAGACUGUAGGAAAAUGAUACUUUGAAAUAUUCACCCUGAUUAAUAUUAGGGACAUUUCCCAUGCCAUAUAUCAAGCUAGUCAAGGUAGAAAUACUGUUGCAUAUCACCUUUUCCAGAUGUGAACUUGCCUUAUUUUUUAGUUUGUGGGGGAAAAAAAGUACAGUUGUUGAUAAAUUAUAUAUUUGUAUUUAGAGUAAUCCUACACACUUUUCACAAACAUUGAGAACUUUCAGGGUCUUUCAUGAAGCUCUGAUAACUCAAUUAAAGGGUUUGCUUCCCAGAUUUAUAAUGGUCCUGCUCUAGCCAUUUGUAGUUUGUUUUGGGUUGAAAAUUAUCACCAGAAAAAAAAUACAUAAUGAUAUUUUUAGUACAGAGUGUAUAGAGCCAAAUUAUACUAAAUCUUUUAUUGGGUUUAUUACUGCCAUAAUUGAGAAGCGCCUUCCCUGGUGGCUAAGAUGAUAAAGAAUCUGCCUGCAGUGCAAGAAACAUGGGUUCCAUCCCUGGGUCAGAAAGAUCUACUGGAGAAGGGAAUGGCUACCCACUCCAGUAAUCUUGCCUGGAGAAUUCCAUGGACAGAGGAGCCUGGUGGGCUACAGUCCAUAGGGUUGAAAGCAAAACCACUCUGAGCUUCCCAGGUAGCUCAGAUGGUAAAGAAUCCGCCUGUAGUACAGGAGACCUGGGUUCAAUUUCUCCUGCUCCCCUGGAGAAGGCAAUGGCUUCCCACUCCAGUAUUCUUGCCUGGAAAAUCCCAUGGACAUAGGAGCCUGGCAGGCUACAGUCCAUGGGGUCGCAAAGAGUCAGACAUGACUGAGCGACUAAGCACAUACACACACAAUUUAUGCAGAUUUUCUUCAGAGUGUUUUUUAAAAGUGCAAAACCCUUUAAAAUGUUUACUAGUUGCAUUAGUUUCCUUUGGCUGCUGUAAUAAAUUACCACAAAUUAGGUGACCUAACAUCAGAAAUUUAUUCUCUCAUGGUUGUUGUGGCCAGAUGUCCAAAAUCAAAGGCCAUGCUCCCUUCAGAGGCUCUAGAGGAAAAUCCUCCCUUGUCUCUUCCAACUUUGGGUGGCUACUGGCAUUGCUUGGGUUAUGGCCACAUCUCUCUGUCUGCUCUGUCUUCACAUUACCUUCUGCUCUGUGUACUUAAUCUCUCUAUGCCUCUCUUUUAAGGACACUUUUGUUGUAAUUUCAAGCCCACUGAGAUAAUCCAGGAUAAAUUCAUAUGAAGAGCCUAAAUUUAAUUACAAAUAAGGUAACUUUCAAAGGUUCUGAGGAUUAAGAUAUGGACAUAUAUUUUUGGAGGUGACCUUUAGCCCACUAUAGUCUGCCUUCUGGACCCCCAAAUUUAUGUCUGUCCCCUGUGCAAAAUAUAUUCACCCUACCCUAAUAUUCCCCAAAGUCUCAAACCUAAAGUUUAAACUCUCAUCCAAACAUCAUCAGUUCAAAAGUCCCAAAUCUUAUCUAGAUCAUCUAAAUCAGCAACAGGUCAAAACCCUAGGGCAAAAUUCCUUUGCAUCUGUGAAUCAGUGAAACAUGACCUCAACAAGGCUCCUGCUUCCAAAAUGCAGGGAUGGGAUAGGCAUAUGAUAAUAGUUAUAGACAUUCCUAUUCCAGAAGGAAGAAAAUAGAACAGACAUGGAAAGGAGUUCCUUGUCCUAAUGAGUUUCAGAAUUUGGCCUGGCAGAAUCCCUUUCCCUGGUGGCUCAGAUGGUAAAUGCGGGAGACCUGGGUUGGAAAGGUUGAUCCCUGGUUGGGAAGAUCUUCUGGAGGAUGGCAUGGCAACCCACUCCAGUAUUCUUGCCUGGAGAAUCCCAUGGACAGAGGAGCCUGCAGGGCUACAGUUCAUGGGGUUGCCAAGAGUCAGACAUGACUGAGCGAAUAAGCACAGCACAGGACACAGGUCUGAGCAAGUCUUGUGACCUCAGCCAAGUGCCUGAGCUUCAGUUCUGUUCUCAGAAUCCUCUUAGGUUUCAAGGCUUGACAAUAAUCCUUCUUGUCUCAGGGUUGCACCCUUUAGGUCUGCAGCUCUGCCCUAGAGUUGAUCUUUUCUAUCAAAGGGUCAUACCUGUUUAUAGCUUAAUCAGCCUGUUUCUGGCCUGUAAAGUUUUGGUCAUCUGACAGCCUUCUCUCAUUUUGUUCUGUCUCUGUCCCUUUCGGGCCAAGAUGGAACUGUUUCUGCUGUUGUAACUUUUUAAAAAACUUUGUGGGCUCCUCAUGAAUAUCAUAUUGAUUUAAUAGAGAUGCAGUAGAGUCCUCACAGAUCUUUGCCAGAUAAUGCCACCUCUAUUCCUGGCUUUUAUCAAGAUGAAUGAGUGGAUCAGUGAGUCAAUGCCUAAUCUCUACAGCACUAGCCAAAGUUUGCCUAGUCUUGGCUUUAUCUCCAGAGCCCACUAUCCUAACAGUGAAUCUCUUCAUUUUAGCAUCUUUUGCAAUCUGAAUAGGUGCAGAAUUUCCUGAAUUAUCAAGUUCUGGUUCCUUUCUGCUUACCAGUUCUUUCUUCAAUUUAUCCUUUUCUCUUAUAUUUUACUAUAAGCUCAAGAAAAAACUAGACCAUACCUCCCAUGCUUUGCUCUCACGUUUCCUCAGCUGAAUACCCAAAUUUGUCACUUACAGAUCUACUUUCCACAAAACGGUUGGAGACAAUCUGGAUAAGCUUUUUUGCCAGUAUAUAAUAAAGAUCACCUUUCCUCUAGUUUUCAAUAAAAUGUUCUUCAGUUCCUUCUGAGCCCUCAUGAGAAGCACCUUUAACAUUCAUAUUCUUCCCAACAGUCUGUUUAAAGCAACCUAUGCUUUUUCUAUCAUAUACAUCAAUAUUCACAUGAUGUAAUUCCAAAGACACUUCUACAUUUUUAAGUAUUGUUAUAGCAGUUCCCGACUUCCUGGUACCCAAAUCUGUAUUUUCUUGCUGUGGUUGCUGUAACAGAGUAUUCCAAAUGUGAUCACUUAAAACAACAGGCAUUUACUCUCUUACUGUUUGGGAGGCCAGAAGUCCUAAAUUGAGGUCUUGGCAGGGCUGUACUCCCUCUGGAGCUUCUAGGAGAAACCUUCCUUGCUUCUCCCAGUUUGUGACUGUCAUCAUUCCUCGACUUGUGACCAAGCCUCUCUCUUCUCUAUCUUCAUAUCACCUCUCCCUCUGUAUAUCUAAUCUACCUCUACCACUUUCUUAUAAAGAUACUUGUGAAGGCAUUUAAGGCUCAUCAGCUUAUACAUAAUCUCCUCAUCUCAAGAUCCUUCACUUAAUGACAUCUGUGAAGACCCUUUUCCCAAAUAAGUUAACAUCAAAGGUUCUAAGAAUUGGGACGUGGACGUGUCUUUGGGGAGUCACCAUUCAGCUCACAACACUAGUUAUUGCACAAAAAUGUACUUUUCACUUUUUAAAAUGCAUCCUUGGUGCUCAAGUCAAACUCAGUGUUGUCUCUAAAAGCCAUUGUACGCACAGGCUGCUGCAUGCUUUGAUGUUAAAUGGCUGAACAGUGUAUUCUAAAAUUCAGUUGAUACUUACUACAGCAAAUUAGCUUGAAAAAAUAAUUGGUUCCAACUAUGAGCUCUGGUGUAUCUUUUCUGCCCCUUUUAUGGAGUCUUUGACCAAAUAUUUUCUAUGAUUAAUAAUGUAGGUAUAAAGCUACCUCUGAUACAGAAGUGUUCUUUACAAGUUUAUUUUAGAUAUUGUGAAUCCCUUAACUGAAAGGAGAGGUGAGAGCAAAGCCUAUUUGAAUGGAUAUUGAGGGAGAUUGUACCCAUACCAAGACACUCAGAAGAAGUAUUUCAGUAGCAGAACUAUGGAUUCAUGUUCUCGUUUUGCCUCAGAAUAAAUGCCUGUCUCUUUGCAGGACCAAGAAUGACUUGCAAUCUAUCUGUAAUGCAUACUUACUUAUUCAAUAAAGCUAAGAUUGCAUUAAAUGUU